AUGCCGCAUGUCACUGAAUGGCCGCUUUUUUCGAUUGUCGAACAGGUCCGUUCCAGAUUUCCGCCAGAAACCGCCAUCAUGGUGGCCAUUGGAGGGUGGGGAGACACAAACGGAUUCUCGCAAGCAGCUGCUACAAGAAGUAGCCGGAAGCUAUUUGCGCAAAAUAUUAGGAAAAUGGUUGAAGAAACCGGCGCAGAUGCAUUGGCUGACCAUGGGAAUGGGGAGGACUACAAACAGAUUCCAAACUCCGAAAAAGCAUGGGAGGUGGAAGCAUAUCCUAAGCUAAUGGCGGAAAUUAGACAUGCUCUUGGUCCAAACAAAUUACUAUCGGCAGCAGUACCGGGCCUUCGGCGCGAUAUGAUCGCUUUUACGAAGAAAAACCUACGGGAUCUCGAUAACUCCAUAGAUUUCCUCAAUAUAAUGACUUACGACCUAAUGAAUCGGCGAGAUAAUGUUACGCAACAUCAUACGGGGGUACAAAUGGCGUUGGAUGGCCUUCAUGCAUACCUUAGCAACGGACUAACUCCCCAUAAAGCAAAUCUGGGCUUCGCGUUUUAUGUGAAGUGGUUCAAGACUAAUAUGGAAGAUACACGCCAAUGCUCCUCUCAAAAUGGGAUUGGUUGCAAGACAGCGUUGCUUGAAGAUCCUCGCACCGGUGUUGAUCUUAGUCAAUCUGGCAGUUUUUCCUGGCAUGAUCAGGUGCCGUCAGACGUUGCGGAUUCAUUUAAGAGGGCACUUCUAAGAGGGGUAUAUGAUGAAAAAGGCGGUGGCCACUAUUUCUGGGAUGAAGCGGAGAAAAUAUUUUGGACGUGGGAUAAUCCCGAUGCCAUUCAUCGAAAGUUUCCAAGGAUGGUUGACGAAUACAGCAUUGGCGGCGUUUUUGCCUGGGGCUUGGGCGAGGACGCGCCCAAUUUUAAGCAUCUGCAGGCGCUCACUGCGUCUCUUCGACAAAGUUCGGAACGAUCUCGUUUUCUCAAUAGUGCUGAGAAAUCUCCAACAUCCUAUCCUUCAUGGAGAGAAGAACUAUAA